AGGAACCCUUACUGAAUAUACAAACCAGUUGCUGCAGGCAAUGCAACGAGUCUAUGGUGCUCAGAAUGAAAUGUGUCUUGCCACACAACAGCUUUCGAAGCAGCUCCUUGCCUAUGAAAAGCAGCAUUUUGCCUUAGGUAAAGGAGAUGAAGAAGUGAUAUCCACCCUUCAUUACUUUUCAAAAGUUGUGGAUGAGCUCAAUAUUCUUCAUUCUGAACUGGCAAAACAGCUUGCAGAUACAAUGGUUCUACCAAUAAUACAAUUUCGGGAAAAGGAUCUCACAGAAGUAAGCACGUUGAAGGAUCUUUUUGGCCUUGCUAGCAAUGAACAUGACGUGUCCAUGGCAAAGUAUAGCAGGUUACCGAAAAGGAAAGAAAAUGAAAAGCUUAAGGCAGAAGUGGCAAAAGAAGUGGCAAAUGCAAGAAGAAAGCAGCACCUUUCAUCUCUGCAAUAUUACUGUGCCCUGAAUGCUCUGCAGUACAGGAAGAGAGUGGCAAUGAUGGAACCUAUGCUGGGAUAUACACGGGGACAGAUCAACUUUUUUAAGAGAGGAGCAGAGAUGUUUUCCAAAAGAAUGGACAGCUUUUUGUCAUCUGUUUCAGACAUGGUUCAAAGCAUACAGGGAGAGCUGGAUGCUGAAGCUGAAAAAAUGAGGGUAUCCCAGCAGGACUUAAUUGCAGUUAAUGAAUCUGUUUAUACCCCAGAUUCUGAUGUAACUUCACCUGCUAUCAAUAGAAAUCUCAUCCAGAAGGCUGGCUACCUUAAUCUUAGAAAUAAAACAGGUCUGGUGACUACAACUUGGGAAAGACUGUAUUUCUUCACUCAAGGUGGCAACUUGAUGUGUCAGCCAAGGGGAGCAGUAGCUGGGGGAUUGAUUCAGGACCUGGACAACUGCUCUGUUAUGGCUGUAGACUGCGAAGACAGAAGAUACUGCUUUCAGAUCACUACUCCUACAGGCAAAGCGGGUAUAACCCUUCAAGCAGAAAGCAAGAAAGAAUACGAGGAGUGGAUAUGUGCCAUCAACAACAUCUCCAGACAGAUCUAUCUCACUGACAAUCCAGAGGCAGCUGCAAUCAAGUUAAAUCAGACAGCCCUACAAGCAGUGACUCCCAUUACCAGCUUUGGGAAGAAACACGAAGUUCACCACCCCAGCCAGAAUGUAAAGAAUAUGGAAAAUGAUAAAAUAAUUCCCAAUGAAUCAGCUGGCAUUCAAGACUCCACACAACUCAUUGCUCCUGGAACACCGAUUCAAUUUGAUAUCGUACUGCCUGCCACAGAAUUCCUGGACCAGAACAGAGGUGGCAGGCGUGCAAACCCCUUUGGGGAAUCUGAAGACAGCAGCAAAGAUGAGGAGGAAGAUUCGCUCUUGCAGCAGAUGUUCGUAGUUCGGUUUUUAGGAUCUAUGGCUGUUCAGUCAGAUGACACAAGUGAGGUGAUUUAUGAAGCUAUGAGGCAAGUGUUAGCUGCUCGUGCCAUUCACAACAUAUUCCGUAUGACUGAAUCCCAUCUCAUGGUCACCAGCAAGAACUUGAGGUUAAUAGAUCCUCAAACCCAAGUUACACGAACAAGUUUUGAGCUCGCCACUGUGACACAGUUUGCUGCUCAUCAGGAUAACAGGCGACUGAUUGGCUUUGUGGUCCAUCUCAGUGAGACUCUGGGAGAAGAAGCCAUGAGCGCAUAUAUUUUUGAGAGCAACACAGAAGGGGAAAAGAUUUGCUAUGCCAUUAGCCUGGGAAAAGAAAUCAUUGAGGCACAAAAGGUAAAAGUUUGUUUCAUUCCCCAUGUCUGUGUCGUGAUAUAUCAUAUUCUGCUUUUGGUUGCACUGUCCGGGUACCUCUGGUGUGCCUGAGAAAAAGGAACUGCUGUUCCUCCUAAUGACAGAGUUCUGCGGACAUUAUUUAACACAGCCCCUGGGUAGUUCAUGCAAAAAGAAACUCAGUUUGACUUGGCAGUAGCUUGAUUCGAGAUAAAAUUUGCCACCCUAAAUCAAAUUCAGAACUAUACAAAUCCGGUUGUUCAUGUUUGAAAGGAAGCUGUGAGCAAAGCUUUCAACAAAACCCCAAACAAACUCUUUGGGAUGAAAUGUAAAUCACACACAUCGCGGUUUCACUUUUAGAAACUCGUAUUCCUUCCUCCCUUAGGAGGUGUUUUCCCACUUAAAAUGAACGGCAGUUAUCUAGCCCCUUGUAGCUAAAUUUACGUGUAUAAAGAUGUGACACUAGUCCGUUAAUAUUUGCUCUAUAUUUUUGCUGCUAAGAUUUCAGAACAAGUUGGGGGAAUGAGCUUUUAGUCACAGGCAAUAAGCACAGGUAUGGUAAA